AUGGAGGAGCAGCCGCCUCUCUACCUGCGUAUAGCGCAACGGUUGCGUAAAGCUAACGGUGAUACUCCGAUGUCCUAUCUCGAGUUCCGCGAAGCUGAUUACAAACUCGCCAAAGAGCGGCAUGAAGUGGUCAAGAUAAUCGGUGCUCGUAUUAGGGACAUCUGCAGGUCUGAGCUUGAUGACUAUGUGAAUUGUUACACUGAGAAGACAUGGCCAGCGUUUACGUGUAAGAAAGAGGCGGAGCGCAUGAAACGAUGCAUACGCCACUACCAGAAUAUCCUUACCACGCCGGAGUCACAGCAGCAGAUAAUGGAGGAGCGUCUGCGAACAGGCGAGAGUUUCGUCGUCCCAUCGUUCCUCAAGGACAAAAUGCAGCCUCCAGAGCUAUGA